AUGGAGCACAAGAACUACCGCUUCUGUAAGAAGCGCACCGUAGUGGAGACAGGAACAACCUAUUUCAGCUGCGUGAAGUUCCGGGCAGGCUGUCCAGCACGUCUUGUAGUCAAGAAGGGGGGCGCUAUCAUCGAAAGAAAUGCCCACUGCUGCGACCAAGACAUUUUAGAAGAGGUCGCAGACGUUCGCCGCGACAUGUCGUUGGAGCUCCAAGAUCGCGCCAUUAAGGAGUUCUCUGUUGCACCUGGUGUUCUGUGGCAGCGCGUCUUUGAUGAAUUCCGUGCCAAGCAUCAC